UGCAAAACAUUUCCAAUUUUAUUAUUUGUAAUAAAAUAUAUAACCAAUAUGGGCUUGCGCAGCAACAAGAAGAAAAGGCGUCAAAAGAAAAGCCCCACAGCUGUGUCAUCAUCGGCUCAGAGAGAAGUAGCUAAAGGUCCUCGUAUAUUGGUUAUAAAGAGAGGCACUGUGGGUCUGGGCGUGCAACAGCUGCUUAAUGAUGUCCAGACAAUGCUUGCUCCUAGUGUUAUCCAAUCAAUUAAGGUGCUGCGUAGUAGCAGAGUAAAGGAUCUGGUCAAAGCCUCUGGACCUCUACACAUCACACACACCAUUAUUUUCACCCGUACAUCUGAAGGAGCAUACAUGAAGCUAUGUACUAUGCCAAGUGGUCCAACAAUAACUUUUAUGAUUUGCCAGUAUUCGCUGAUGAAAGAUGUGCGUGCAAGUCAAAAGAGACCAACAAGUCUACCGCCCAUACCGCGCCUCACUCCUCCCUGCCUCAUGAUGAACAACUUACAACCUGACGCUGGUCCCAAGCACAUGCAGCUCGUUGCUGCCUCCAUGCUACAAAUUUUCCCUAAAAUUCUCCCAGAUCAGUCGAGCUGUGAGAACAUCAAGCGCUGCUGUCUGUUGUACUACGACCCCGCCACAGAGCUGCUCGACUUCCGCCACUACGCCAUCCACCUCGCAAGCUCCACCUCGUCCAAGCUCAUAUCCGUGCUCAUUAACAAAAACAAGAUUCCUGAUCUACACAAAUUUGAGAGUAUUGAGGAUGCCUUAGACAAGGACGGGCUGGCGUCAGACAGCGAGUACGAAGAGGACAGCAAGGUAGACCUGAAGCAUCUGCUGCAGGGCCGGGAGUCCAAGAAACCGCGUGCGCAGCAGAACGCCGUCAAACUCAAGGACGCCGGUCCACGCUUUACCCUUAAAGUGCAUAAAAUUGAGACGGGAUUGCUGAGCGGCGACGUGCUCUACCACCAAACUAUCACAGUUUCUCCUGAAGAAGCAGAACAGAGAAAGCAGCGUCGCCUCAAGAAAUUGCAAUUGAAAGCUGAGCGCAAGAAGCAGCAAGACGAGAACAUAGAGCGCAAGAAGGCUGCUGCAGCCGAGCACAAGCAACGAUGCCUGUCUGGCAUGCCAGCAGAAAUGCAGAAAAAAACAAAGAUCAAUAAAGGAAACGACGAGAGCGGGGACGAUGAAGCAGCAGAGGGAUACGAGAGUGAAGACGAGGAUGAAGAGCAAUACUUCAAAGAUGCCGUCGGCCAAGACCCUGAUAUUCGUGGGUGUACACUCUUGAAUUUCACAAGUUCUAUUGCUAGAGAAAACUUUUGUUAGGAUACUUCUGCAAUGAAUUUUUUAUAUUGAAAACCUAAGUUUCAGGUUGAAUAUAUUCUAAACUUUUCAUGCCAAGCGUCGGAUCAUUCUUCGACUUCUGAUUUAACUCUUAACUGGGCUGGUGAAUAAUUAUGCUAGAUAGAUGAAAUG